AAGUGUGUUUGUGUUCCCUGAUGAAUACCGAACAAUUUUGACUUGGGCUGCCCCCUUGAAAAUGUCAGGCAUUUCCGGGAAGGGUCAAUUAAGGUCAAACAGGGGUCAAAAUUCAAAAAUAUUCCGAUCGUGUCGAUAUGCAUAUCAAAUUACUCGUCUCAACAUGGUGAUUCCAAAAAUGUACAGUUUGUUAGACCUCCGACCUUAAAUGAGGGCGCUGUGGUGAAAAACGUCGAAAGGUCAACGAACUUUUGACUGGUGGUCAAAUUCACCAACACAGUUAACAUUGUCCGAUUCGAAUGAUUUUAGCGUCUAAUAAUAUGUUUUCUGACAUGGCAAAUUCAACUAUACAACUUUCAAAAGUAAAAUUGCUUACCUUGACCAUGAAAAUUCUAAAUGGCUGUUACAAGAUUAACAUAAAUUAGCCCAAAACAACAAAUUAUUAAAUGUUUGUCACCGAAACGUCACAAACAAUUGAAACAAUCCAUUUACAAAAAUUAAAAAAAAUUUGAUUAUGUGUAUCCUUUUUUCUUUAGAACACUUGUCUGAUAUAAUAUUGUACAGUAUAUCAUAUAACGUGUAUACGGUAGGUAAAUGAUGAUGAUGGGCUGUGAAUAUCUGCAGCAAUGUAGCUUCAACAACGUGUUCCCUUAUUUGGGUAAAAGUUUGUGGAUGCAAUGAAACUGACGUUAUCCGCUUGGUAAGUACCUCAUUGUAAAUUUCUUCCUUUUUUCAUGUUAUUGGACCAAAGAUAACAAAAAGUUAAUAUUUACAAAACAAUUGAUGGCUUAAAUAAGGUUUCAAGCCAGAGACCAUAUGGCAAUAUUAUUACAUUCCUCAAGGUAGUAAUAUUAAUUGAGUAUACAGGACACAUACUACUCUGAAUCAUUGCGACCUUGUUUCAUGCUUGAUGAAAAUCGGUUGAUUUACUUGGUCUUCUCUGACCUUUGCUUGAUGGAAUUGUAACAGGCGAAUGGACUUGAUUUACUUUUCUUUACAUUUCCUCAUGGAAUUAGCAGAGUCUGUAUAAGAAUUACAUGUCAUCUUUCACCAAUUCUUGGCAUAAACAUGUAUUAGUCAUUUUUUUAAAGUCUAUUUACCUGAAUUCCUGUGUUUCAGUUAAGUGUGCCAUACAUGAUACAGAGAUACCAAGUUAAGAGACCAGCUAGGCGUGAGACUCGGUAGGUCUGGGUUGGUAUCGCGAGCAUCCAUAUUGAUCUACUGAAGAUCUUAAGAUCGUUUCAAGCAAUGCGCGCUUAUAGCUAGCUUAUGUGCAUGCGAUAUACAAUACCAUGCUACCGACUCGCGCGGCCGGCGUCCACACUAUAGAUGAUAGAGCGCCGCACGUGUAUCAUAUUCGCUUUUCAGCUAGGCGGCGGCCGGUAGCUUGCCAAUGGGCAAUGGUUACUCCCCCCCCCCCUUUUUUUUUCCCUCCCGGUCUGGCCCUGAGGCGUGAGAAAUUGGUUGCGGCGCGUAUGAGCGUGACUCUCGUGCCUAAUGCGUGAGACCUCGUAGGUCUCAUGAUACAACUUCCAUCUUGCAAAUUGAUGCUAUCUUAAAUAUAUCUUGGAUUUUAAUGGUAAGUAAUUCACACUUCUUAUACUUAUGGUAAUAACAUGCAGUGGAAUUACAGGAGAACUGGUAAUACAAAAUCUUGUUGAGAGAAUGCACAUUUCUAAUUCUUACCACCAUAAGCUUGCUGACUUGGACCAAGUUUUAUCCACCAGAGAAUUGCUAAAAUCAGGUCCUGAGAUGGUAGUAAUUUUUUCUGUAUCAUGACGUCCACAUACUAGUAAUUUUUUUACAAACAUUUCUUCUGUGCAUUGAUGUAAAGUGAAUAUAUGAUUAAGAUCCCUAUAGGAUCAAGACUAACAUCUGCUUUGUAUUUUCAUAUUUUAUCUAACCAGCAUUAAGAUCUGGGAACAAUGUCAGCACCAAAGUCGACACCAGUAGUGAAGCCUCAAUCAAACAGAAAAAGGAAACGAGAGGAAAAAGCUGGACUAUGUGUUUUGUGUAAUGAACAAUGCCAUGAAGAUAAAAGCAACAUUUCUCCUGAAGCAUGGGAACGCAUGAAGGGCAAAGCACAAGAUUGGAAAGGGUUGCAUAAAUUUGGAACUGUUUAUGAUUCAGUCAAUUGGGAUGCAGGACCGAAUGGUGUCUAUUUUCAUAAGGCAUGCAGGACUGCAUUGGCAGCUCAACGUGGACUUCAACAAGCAAUAAGAAAAAGAGACCAAGAACAGAAACAAACAUUGGACACACAAGAAACGCAUGCAAAAGACCAGCAGCAAGAUGGACGAUCUUCACGUAGCACUGGUCUCCUUCAUGAAAAGAAUCUGUGCAUUUGGUUGGAAUGCGUGGAACACCUUCAAGUCACAUACAAUACACUUGAAAGAUGACCAGAUGAGAGAAAGAAUUUUAACUGUCAUAGAUUCUACCACUGAUCCCUUUGCGUCAGAAAUACGCUAUCAUCGUUCCUGCUGGAUGAAGUAUGUCAAGCGUCACUACAGACAUUCUGAUUCAUCUGGUGACCGAAUGCACUUACAGAACGUGCGACUUACAGAGGUUAGACAGAUGUUUUUAUGCAUGUUCGUACAGUUGUGCUUGAGAUGAAUGAGCCAAGAACAUUACAGGGUCUUCUGGUUGAUUAUAACCAAAUGAGUGCAAACUUUGGUUUUGAAACUGUGAUGAAAACCAGCACUAUAAAACAAAUGCUUCAGAAUGAAUUCAAAGACAACAUUGGAUUCCACGAUCGUUUCCACAAGAACCAGAGCACAAUUGUCUAUGAUGCAUCUGCUGGUGGAAGUUUCAUUGAAGCAGCCAUUUAUUCUUGGGGAAUAAGUGAUGAACAGUUACUAAACAAUGUCGCAAGGCGUCUGAAAAAGAAGUUUACAGAAGAAGUGGGUUUAUCUUGGCCUCUCCGUGUUGAUGAGCUUGAAGAUAUUGAAGAACCCCAUGAACUUUUGCGCCAACUUCUGACAUGGCUCAAGGAUCCUGAUUCCAAUGACUUUACUGAAGCAUGCCAUGAUCCACAGACUGCUGCUUUGGCAUCCCUCUUGUUUUCGUUCAUCACCGGCAAACGCACGUCCUUCCAAACAAAGUUAUCAGUGACUCUUCAUGGAUUAACUCGGAGUCGUGAAAUCAUUGACAUCUUGAAACAAUUUGCUCUUGGAAUAAGUUACAAAGAUGUUCUUGCUCUAUAUGAAGCUUGGGCCAUGGAUGAUAUCAAAGCAAAUGUUGCUUGUCCUGACGAGUUAGCAGAUGGUUUUCCAGGAACAGGUAUCCUAGAUAACGAUGAUUUCAAAGAUGAUACAUUGACAGGGGCCGAUACAUCUCAUCGGACCAAUGUUAUGUUUGUACAACCUAAUGAUGUUACAUCAUUAGACCCGGAGGAGGGUCGUCCCACACUUCAAUUGACCAAGUCUGAAGAUUUGACAGAUUUAAGUACUUUACAACACAAGAUUCAUCCUUACAAAACAGUCAAACGCGGCCAGCCAGCAGUUCGUCAGGAAAUUGAUAUCUCACUUCAAACAAGUGAUGAGCAAAGAAAGCGAGGUGUUAUGCAUGUGUUGGCCCGUCUGGAUAUUGCAGGGAAGAACAUACCAGCUGAUGAACAGAAAGUUGGAAGUUUCACUGGGUUCCAGGCUAAUAUCCAUGAGUAUGUGGUGAAAAGUACAGCAUACUAUUUUCUAACAUUUCCAAAGCCACCUCAGAAGUCAGUGGUUCACGAGGUUAUGUGUCGCAUGGUCAACGCAGCCGAGUGCAAGUCAAUGCCAUUUAUUCAGCUAGUAGGCGACCAACCAGUCUAUGCCCUUAUUGUUCAGCUGAAAAAUGAGAAUCCUGAGAAAUUUAAACUUAUCCUUCCAUUCUUGGGUCCAUUCCACGCUCACAUUUCCUUCAUAUCGGCGAUAAACAAGCGGUUCCAUGGCUCAGGUUUAUCCGAAAUUCUUGUGGCAGCUGAUAUAAUUUCAGAAGGAUCAGUUGACCAAGCACUUCGUGGUAAACACUACAGCAGAGGUAUAAGGUGCCUUUCACUUAUGUAUGAGGUGCUCAUUCGCAGGAUUAUUUUCCGCGGGGUCAGCGAGGGACUGAAGCUAUCAUCGGAGCUCGAAUCAAAGUUGAAAGUUCUUAGAAGUCCACCCAAUAGCUCAAAAGAACAACUACAGGCCAUCUCAGAUGAUCUCAUGAUGGAUGCAGAGUUCAAGUCCUUUGUAGAAAGAGCAUUUGAGAGUGUUGAGAAAUCAGACAGCCCCAUGGCAAGGUUCUGGUUGAGCUUCAUGGAAAUGGUUGAAAUACUGAUCAUGAACAUAUACGCCCUGAGGACACAGGAUUGGGAUUCAUUCAAAUCAUCCCUCCGAAUGAUGAUGCCAUGGCUGCGGAUAUAUGACAAUGAUAAAUACAGCAGAUGGCUUGUAGAAUUCUGGCUUGAGAUCAGCAGUCUUCCCGAAGAAAAAGAGAGGUAUAUGCGAGAUGGCCUAUUCGCACAAUCGAUGACCGGGAAACCAUACUCAUGCUUACCCCUGGAUCUCUGGAUAGAAAUGACCAUGAAUAAAGGGUCGAAGAUGAAGGCAGGUUGGAAGCGCAUCUUAAAAAAUGAAAAGAUGUUGUUGACUCACACAAGAACCGUCAAUUCUGUGAAUAGAGUUAGAAGUUCACUACAUGCAUUGGCAAACCUCACCAAAUCAUCUGAAGGUCACAGAGAGAACUCCACAACGAGGUUGUUGCUGGAUGAGCGUGGUGUACAAGAUCUAGACAAUUGCAUCACAGAAUUUGAUUGUGACCCAUUCGACCUUACACAGCCUAUCUUGAGGUCGCUCCAGUCUGGAAUGGUCGCAUCAGAUGCUCUUGUGAAAGACUUUGACUCAGCACAUGAGGAUGGGGAGACUCUAGUGCAAUCAUUCUUCAAAGACCGCAUGUUCUCUGGUGAUAAACAGUUUGAUGCCACCAUACACAGAAACAGCAGACACAGCUUCAGCAAACCACCAGUUAUCAAAGACGCAUCAAAGCAGAAGGUCACAAAAACAGAUGCUAUGGAAAACAAAGCCAUGGCCGAGAUCAUCACUUUGGCACAAGAGUUAGAUGAUGGUCUAGUGCUUUCUGAAGUCAUGAAAUACCGCGUGACAGAAGAGUGUCUCCCAAUCUUCAAUGUAAAUGGAACAAUGCGCAAAGGGCAAAAAUCUAAACUGGCACAGAAGUUCAACUUUAUUGAUUUGGAGUUCCGGGAUAGAUACAUUGCCCUAGUAGAUAUGGGAUUCAUUUGGAGGCUAUCAACCCCAUCUGUUGAGGAUAGAGAGAAGCGAGACGAAAGUGCUUACACGUGGGGCGAUUAUGCUGCUAAAAUGUUUAACCUUGUUCUCCAACGCCAUCCUACGGCGUCCCAGAUCAUAUUUGUAAAUGACCCAUAUGAUCUACAACACAGCAUCAAAGAUAGUGAACAUGAAAGGCGAACAGGUGAAUUGCCUUUUGUUGGAGGGACCAGGAAUAUUUUCAUCAAGAGAAAUGAUGAACUGCCAUCCCCUAGGCACUUCAACAACAUGUUCAAGAACCCAGGAAACAAAAUUCGUCUCCAGCAAUUUUUGAAGACUGAGUUCAAAACCCUGUUACUCCAACAUCCAGAUACCAGAUUUAUUUACUCUGUGAGGGAACGCUGUAGUGAUUUGUCCACUGAUGAGGAGGUAGUUGAGUUGACAUGUCAGCAUAUGGAAGCAGACACCAUUCUUUUGUACAUAUAUUCCCAACUAAGAAAGUCUGGAGUAAAAGAUGCCGUUGUCAUUGAUGCAGAAGACACAGAUGUGUUGGUCUUAGUUUCGUAUGUGGCACAUCAAAUUGAAGGUAUGCUAGGACUAAAAAGGAAGAAAAGCAUAAUUGAUUGUGCAACACUCCUUGAUAAGGAUAUCAGUGAUGUCAUUAUCCCCUUUCACAUCCACACUGGUGCAGAUGCUAUUUCCAGUUUCUAUGGCCGUGGAAAACCAUCAGUCUUUGACAGCGCAAUGAAGUCAAAAGAGGCACGAGAGCUACUUAGAGGGCUUGGGAAAUGUCUCCCAGUGACAUCACAAACUCUUAAACAGAUGGAGCAGUAUACCAUCAAAUACAUAUACAAGGACAAAUCAAGCAAGACACUUGCAGAAGCUCGGGCCAACAAGUGGGAGGGGAUGAAGAAGAAAUCGACUCUCAGGAUUCCUCCCGAUACAGAUUCACAUAAUUUGAAGGUAACACGGGCCAACUAUCAGGCAUUCAUCAUGUUAAACUUUAUGAAUCCAGAUGCUCCAUCAUCUCCCCUUCAGCAUGGUUGGAGCUUGAGAGAGGGCAAAUGUUUGCCAAUACGGUAUUCCCAGCCGGCACUACCUAAACGUCUAAGAGAUAUGACAAACCGCACUGUAGACUACACUGAUUCAGAUACUAGUGAUUGCAACAGUGUUUCUGACUCUGAUUCUGAUGUAUCUGACAUUGAGUAGGAUGAUGAACUGUGCAACAAAGCCAGGUAAGCACAAUGGGACAGUGUGUUUAAAAAUACUUUUGUUGUUGGCCAAGACUUUUGGUAUCCCUUUUGGCAGCCAUUUUGAAUUUUCAUGGUCAAGGUAAGCAAUUUUACUUUUGAAAGUUGUAUAGUUGAAUUUGCCAUGUCAGAAAACAUAUUAUUAGACGCUAAAAUCAUUCGAAUCGGACAAUGUUAACUGUGUUGGUGAAUUUGACCACCAGUCAAAAGUUCGUUGACCUUUCGACGUUUUUCACCACAGCGCCCUCAUUUAAGGUCGGAGGUCUAACAAACUGUACAUUUUUGGAAUCACCAUGUUGAGACGAGUAAUUUGAUAUGCAUAUCGACACGAUCGGAAUAUUUUUGAAUUUUGACCCCUGUUUGACCUUAAUUGACCCCUCCCGGAAAUGCCUGACAUUUUCAAGGGGGCAGCCCAAGUCAAAAUUGUUCGGUAUUCAUCAGGGAACACAAAAACACUUUCAAACC